AUGGAUACAUUCGAGUUGCCUUGGUCCAUGGAGCUCGAGAACAACUAUCAACCGCUGUCGGCAGCCGGGAUGGUCAAUGCUUCGGAGACGGCUGGACUUAUCGACCAUCCUGUUCCACGCAUGCAUCAAGGUCUGAGCUCGGCGCCCAGUCAUUAUUUUCAAGAAGAGCACGGCCAAAUGCAUCGACAACAGUCGCAGGAUAUCAACGCAAUUCGCCCCAGCAUCGCUGGGGAGACUGGUCACGGCCACAACCAAACGUACCAGUCCACCCCGCAGGCGAGUGAGGAGAAUCAUCUCCUGCUGUCGAUUUUGUUGCACAGCGACAUCGGUCGUUACGCUGCAGCGGCCUGCAAGUACCUUCAGCUGACCCCGGAACUCUGGUGCGCGUUGUACACCCCUCACACGCCAUCAGCUGCUCAAGCACUUUUGAGUCAGACCCUAUCGCGGAUCUAUGGCAAUCUCCCAGCCGGACUCUGGGCGAGUCUCGUGGCGCUCAGAAACGACGCUCAGUUCGAGCAGUGCCAGAAACAGAUCGUUCAGGCAGUGGAAGCGACGUCAACAGGAAGGUCGCGGUCCAAAUCACGAGGGGAUUUGCGAAGCCCCAACCAACCCACAAUUGCAGGUGUGAAAAGGCGCGCAACAGCCAGGUACGAAUAUGUUUGCCCGGAUGAGAAAUGCACGCACAUCCCAUUCGUCAACCAGGGGAAUUAUGUCAACCACAUGAACCUUUGCCAUCCCAACUACCCUCAACAUGAUCCCCUAACUUCGCGGCGGCGCGCCUCCUCACUUCGACAAGGUGCUUGGGAAGAGAGCAUCUCUUCUAUAGCAGGUCUCAGUGGCCGACCUUCAUACACGAUGGAGCGGUCCACCGAUUUGGUCAAUCCCAGCGCCGUCAUGCCAACAGCUAGCCCUCGAGUCCCAGAGGACCUCCAGCAGAUUGGAAGUAUUCACUCGCCGAUCUGUGAGAGCGGACUGUCCUUUGGUAUGUUCAAAGAAGCUCUUGCAAGCUCUCGUGCUGAAGGCUCAGACGGCGGAGUCAUGGUGAGCGAUGGACCCGGCAGCGGACUGGUCGGUCAAGAGAGGAGGACGGGGUGGCCAGUACAAUGGCUCGCAUACAUGUAG